CAAUCUCGCAUUUACCUUUCGGCCGGGGUAGAAGCAACACAGUAUAGUAUUCUUAGCAUAAGUUAAGCUGACUGAUAUUUUUUUAAGUGUUCAUGUACUUUUACCCCUGUAAUAAUGGGGAAAAGUAGUAUUAGUUUGAGCAUAGUUUGUGCUUUCUUCGUACUUUCCGUUUUAUGGAAACCAGCACUAUCUGAUGAUAAAUGUUCCAUAGGAUGUAAAGGAACUCCAUCCGGCGCGUCGUUCCUCUCCGGCCACAAGUACAACUAUGCCGUGGAGGGCGUGGUGUCCAUCUACCUGAGCGGCGCGGACAAGCAGGAGACCAGCGUGAAGCUGCUGGGCCAGGUGUCCGUGUCCGCGCUCGGCAACUGCGCGCACGUGCUCAAGGUCAACAACCUGGUCAUCUCGGGACCUGGCGGCAAGAAGUACUCGAAACCCCCCGGCCUGGACAAGCCGGUGCGCUUCACGCUGCAGGACGGCCACGUCGGCGCUGACCUCUGCACGGAGGAAGGAGACACCCGCCGGUCUCUGAACAUCAAGCGAGCGGUUAUUUCGCUGCUGCAGACUGGAACCAAGUCUGGCACUGAGGUGGACAUCUUCGGCGCGUGCCCGACCGACGCCAGCUCCUCUCAAGAAGGGGGCGCGACGCUGGUGCACCGCGUGAAGGACCUCGGGCGCUGCGGGCACCGCGAGCACGGGAGGAACGACCUCAUCACCGCCGUCUACAACCCUCAGGCUGAAAUCAAGAACACGCAAGUCCUCCAAUCAACCCUGAACGUAGAGUCAAAGGUGACCAAUGGCGUGCCAGAGAAGGUCUCCGCCACUGAGGACCACCUCUACAAGCCAUUCUCCGUGGGAGAGAACGGAGUCAGGUCGAAGGUCCACACCAAGCUCACGCUCACCGGCCAGGCCGCUGGCGCUGAUGCUGGCAAGUUCACGUCCCCUCGCUCCAUCAUCUUCGAGAACCCGCACGGCGUCGCCGCCGACCACAGCUCGCUGCAGAGCGCAGUCGCCGCCGUGAAGGAGACGGCCAAGGCGGUGGCUCACGAGGCUGGAUCGCAUUCCGCUGGGGACUUCGCGCAGCUCGUCAGGAUCCUCCGUGUCACUAGCAAGGAUGACUUGACCAAGGCUUACCAACAAGUCAAAGGCAACAAACUGGAAAAACGCGUGUUCCUCGACGGUCUGGUGCGCGCGGGCUCGGGCGACAGCAUCGAGGUCUCCGUAGGACUGCUGAAGGGCGGAGAGCUCAGUGACCUGGAGAGCAAGGUCGUGUUCCUGUCCCUCGGGAACGCCCGACACGUCAGCAACGACGCGAUUAAGGCUGCUACUGCCCUCCUAGACGACCCUAAGGCCCCCAAAGAAGUAUACCUGGGCGUGGGAGCCCUAGCGUCCGCGUACUGCCGCUCGCACAACUGCCACGACGGCAAGUCUGAAGGCAUCGUGGCGCUCAGUCAGAAGCUCGGCUCCAAACUCAACUGCAAGGCCAAGGGGAAAGUGCAUGAGGAUUAUGUGGUAGCAGCUCUGAAGGGCAUCCGCAACAUCCGUCACCUGGAGGACAGCAUCAUCGAGAAGGUGGUGCACUGUGCAACCGACAACGCCGUGAAGGCUCGCGUGCGCGUCGCCGCGCUCGAAGCCUUCAGGGCUGACCCCUGCUCCGCUAAGGUAAAGAAAGCCGCGCUGGACCUGCUGAAGAACCGUCAGCUGGACUCCGAGAUCCGCAUCAAGGCGUACCUCGCCGUCAUCGACUGUCCGUGCGGCAAGUCCGCCAACGAGAUCAAGACUCUGCUGGACUCGGAGCCCGUGCACCAGGUGGGCCGCUUCAUCACCACCUCUCUCCGCCACAUCCGCGCGUCCACCAGUGCCGACCGCGCGCCGCAGCGCCAGCACUACGGCCUCAUCCGCACGCCGAGCAAGUUCAACGUUGACGACAGGAAGUACUCAUUCUACCGCGAAGCCUCGUACAACGUGGACGCGCUGGGCGUGGGCGGCAGCGUGGAGCAGACCGUCAUCUACUCGCAGGACUCCUUCCUGCCGCGGUCCGCCAGCCUGAACCUGACGGCUGAGGUGUUCGGACACAACUUCAAUGUGCUUGAGGUCGGAGGUCGUCAAGGCAACCUGGACCGCGUGGUGGAACACUUCCUCGGCCCCAAGAGCUUCCUCCGCACGGAGGAGCCGCAGGAGCUGUACAACUCGCUGGUGAAGAAGUUCAAGGAAGCGGAGCAGAAGGUCGAGGGCAAGAUCCGCGGCCGCCGCUCUGUGAAGACCGAUAUUGACAACUUUGACAAACAUAUCAAGGCCGAGGCCGCUCCCUUCGACAAUGAGCUGGACAUGGACAUCUACGUCAAGUUGUUCGGAACCGACGCCAUCUUCCUGUCGCUCGGAGACGACAAGGGCUUCAACUACAACGACGUGCUCGACGCCAUCUUGAAGUACGUCGACACCGGCAUCAACCAGGCUAAACACUUCCAGCAAGAAAUCCGCGCCCAUCUUCUAUUCUUGGACGCCGAGCUCGCUUACGCCACCUCCACCGGUCUGCCCCUGAAGCUCAAGCUCAUCGGAGCCGCCACCGGUCGCUUCGAGGUCGCCACCAGCGUUGACAUCCGCCAGAUCAUCAAGGACCCCAAGAACGCCAAGUUCGACGUCAAGCUCAUCCCCAGCACAGACAUCGAAGUGUCUGGUCUGUUCCUCGUUGACGCUGACGCCGUCGCCACUGGUAUCAAGGUGGUCACCAACUUGCACUCUUCCACCGGAGGCCACGUCAUCGUGAAGAUCCUCGAAAACGGACAAGGUUUCGACCUUCAAAUUGGCCUGCCCAUUGAGAAGCAGGAAAUCGUCACCGCCUCCAAUGAUCUGGUUAUCGUCACGGCUGAGAAGGGACAGAAGGCUGAAUCCGUUUCGGUCAAGACUGAUGUGGACAAGAAGGAAUACUCUGGAUGCUUCGACCAGCUCGCUGGUAUGCUCGGUCUUACUCUGUGCGGAGAGGUCUCCGUGCCUUUCUCUUUGUCCGGCCAGGGAGCCCAGCAAUCUCUGCAGAAGUUCAUCUCUCACUACCCUCUGAAUGGAGCCACCAAACUGAAGUUGUUGCUGGAGAAGAAUGACCUACGCGGAUACCACAUCAAGGGUGUCGUCAGGACUCAGCCCAACAAGAACUCAUUCGAACUUCUUUUUGAAGCUGAAGGCUCAAAGAACCGUAAGACCGCACUCACUGGAGAGUUCGUGAACACCGACCAGGAGAAGUCCGUGGCGCUCGCGCUCGAGUCUCCCAUCAAGAACCUGCAAGGACAGAUCGCUCUGCUCACGAAGCCCACCGAAUACGUUUGCGUUAUCAAGGCUAAGAUGGACGCCGAGGAAUACUUCGCGAGAGCCGGAUUCAACGUUCAAGGAAACGACCAACACAAAGUGUUCAAGCCUACUUUGGAAUACUUGAUGCCCGGUGGUGGAGAAAAGAAGUCUCUGAAGAUCGACGGUCAAGUGAUCCGUGACGUGAACGGCCCGACCACCAAGUACUCGCUCCAGGGCAUCAAGAUCAACCUGCCCAACAGCGAAGUUGUAGACAUCAACGGUCACGUUGGUAUCGCCGGACACAACGUUGAAGGUGACAUCAAGGCUAAGAAGGGAGAACACAACCUCCUCGUCAGCGGUUCCUACAAGGACCAUGAUGUGAAGGCCGAGUUCCGCAACACCCUCAACCCCUACCUUAACUUCAAGGUCAAUGGACACGCCGAGAACCAGAAAGGAAACAUCCGCACUGACAUCGACCUGCACUACAGCGGAGACCUGAAGGACCCCCAAAACAGAGUCACUAUUAACCAGCUGCUUAAGUACCACAAGAACUCCCCUGAGGACUUUGGUCUCAUCACAAAGAACAAGUUCCACAUCUACGCUCUCCCUCUGGUCGCCAAGCUUGACGCUGAAGCUGACCCGAAGAAGUUCGACCUCGAUGUCGAAGGACAGUACGUCGACAAGAAGGGCGAGUUCGACCUCGAGGCGAGGAGACACAUCAAGAAGCCCGGAGACUACAGUGUGAAGGUUGUAUCUUCGUUCGACAAAAAAGGCUUCGAGGCUUUCGCCAAGAGAGACAUUGUGUCCGCUGACAAGUCCAACCUGGAGAACUACCUGGUGCUGAAGGGCGUCGGUAAAUACGAGCUCUCGGGAGUAGUUCUACACAAGACCAAGCCCAAUGAUAUCAAUGUUGGCGCCGUCGGACAUUUGAAACUGAACGGUGGUGGCAAGAACGAAGACAUCAAAUUCGACUUCGGAGCCAUCGAGAACAACAACCUGUACUCGUCCCACGUGAAGAUCUCGCGCAGCAAGGCCGACCUGCUGGACUUCCUGCUGAAGGUCAACCGCGGGGCCAACCCCAACGGACAGGUCAAGCUGGUGCUCAAGGACGCCGUCGCCGCUAACGGACAGUUCAAGGUCACCGACGCUGAUGGCAAGGGCAACGGAGCUCUUAUUGUUGACUUCAAGACCGCCCAAAGGAAGAUCAAGGGAGACUUCAAGUUCCUGAUCAAGGACCCCGUGUACAACGCCGAGGCCGACCUCUUCCUGAACUUCGAGAAGGACAACGCCGACAAGAUCCGCUUCACCACCAACACUAAGCGCACUGAGAAACUCUUUGACUCCAAGAACAAGCUGGACUACGCCGGCAAGAAGUUCGAGCUGAACGUGCACAAGGACGGCGUCGUCGAGGUAGACAAGGACGGCAAGCUCGCCGCCACCGUGGAGGUCGUGCUGCCCACCGAGCGCGUGCUUAGUUUGAAGGUCAACCGGGACUUCGUCGCUAAGGCUAACACCCUGAACGGCCACGCGGAGGUAGUCCUCUCAGACGCCGUGAAGCGCGGAGGCCCCGCCUCAACCCUCACAUACAAGGGCAAGCUCGCCGACUCCAACAUCGAGAAGAGGCACUUCAACUACGAGGGAGUGGUCGUCAUCAAGCUGAAGGAUGGAAAGAACUUGGAGAACAACUUCUUUGUGAAGAACACGCCUCAGGGAGAGAACAAGCUGAAGUAUGAGUUCAAGACGGAAGUGACCGGCAGCCUGAUCCCCAAGCCCGCGGCCAUCGCCGCCUCCGUGGACUACACCGACCCCGACGUGGCCGUCCUCGACGGGCAGGAGAAGUACCGGCUCAAGGCCAACUACGGAACCGACUUUGGAUUCGAAUCUGAGACUUCAGAAGAGAACAGGAUCCUGAACGACAAGGGUGACAAGAAAAUGCAGAAGGACAACACAAUCCAGAUCCGGCUGCCGUUCGAGAAGGCGCACGACAUCAAGGUGGUCACGCACACCUUCUACCUGCUGCCCGAGAACAAGGACGGCUUCGAGUUCUCAGUGAGCCACGCGGUGCAAGUGAACGCCGACAGCUACAAGGUGGACGCGAGCGGCAAGUACGGCGCCAAGAGCGGACACGGCAAGAUCAAGGUCGUCGCCCCCCAUGUUGACCCCAUCUCUGCUGAUGGGUCUUACACCCUUGAUGUUGAAGGAGCAAAGAAGACCGGUUCAGUGGAGCUGAAGAGCACCUACGGCAAGGGCAAGACCGCGACCAUCGCCGCCACUGCCACCAGUGCCGGACAGGAGUACACCCUCAACGUGAAGGGUAAUGCUCCUCAGAGCGAGAAGUUGAAGAAGAUCGAAGUCAACAUUGUCACCAAGACCCCGAGCGUGGACAGCUUCAGUAACAGCGUGAUCGUGGACGCCGACGGCCGCGUGUACAAGUCCGACGUCGCGCUCGUCUACUCCAAGGCGCAUCCGUUCAUCGACCUCAAGUACUCCAGCCCCAGCUCCAACAAGCCCAUGAGGCUUUACCUCAAAGGAAACGCCCUAAGCUCCAACCAAGGCAAGAUUGACGUUAAGAUCGAGAACGUCAAGGACCUUUCCCUCGACGCCACGUCUGAAGGAACCAUCACUAAGGACAACGUUGUUCUGAAGCUCGCAGCCAACUCCGAGAAGUUGGGCCUGAAGAACUACAAGGUUGACAUCUCAAGCAAGGACGCCGGCAGUGGCAAGAGGCUCGAGUUCCACGCCACUAACGACGGCAAGAAUGUCUUCAGUGGAAGCACCUCCUACAUCAGCAAGCAGGAAGGCCCGAAGACCAUCAUCGAGGGUUCCGGCUCCGUCAAGGUCAAGGAGGACCAGAAAUCCGCCACCUUUAAGUACAUCCGCACUCUGCUCACCGAGGGAUCCGAACAAGGUGUUGAGACCUUCAUGAACGUGGGCAUCGGCGACCGCAGCUACGUGGCGGAGUCUCGCGUCACCAACCUCGAGUACAAGACGUCGUACGUCUACUGCGAGGAGAAGAAGCAGUGCGCGCACGCAGAACUCAACUCCAAGGUCUCCAUGCCCAAACAAGGCGUCCUGGAGCACAGCGUGAACGUGGGUCUGGACCUGCGCAAGCUCGGCUUCUCGCCCGAGUUCGGUCUGCAGGCGAAGGGCGAGGUGUCGCAGCAGCGCCCGCCGCGCUACACCGUCGACCUGCACGUCUUCAAGGACGAGAAGAAGUACCAUCUGCACGCGCACAACACGCCUGAACAUGGAAAACUGCAAAACGGCAUCACCAUCACUCUGCCCCAACGUGUUUUGGCCUACGACAUGCUCCUGACCUACCCCACUCAGGGCACUCCCUUCCCCAUCAAGGCUGACGUGACCCUGAACCUCGACAAGAACAAGCCCCAGCUGAAGUCUGCCUUCAGGAUGCUCAUCGACCACCACGGCUCUGAGAAGGGACACAACGCCGUCGCUGAAUUCGGCUUCAGCCACCCUAAAUUGGGCAAGGAGGCCGUCAUCAAGUUCAACGGAGGCGUGCAGCGUCCUACUGAGAAUGAAAUCAAGAUCGAAUCCGCCGCUUCCAUCACUCACCCCACCAUUGGUGGCGAGAAAGCCAGCAAGUUCCUGUUCGAAGCCAGCCCUGUCCGCGUGAAGCUGGACGCGUCGGCUCUGGGCCACUCGGUGGUUCAACUAGAAGGCUCUCAGACCCUCAAGGACCAGGAGCAACAAGCUGAGCUGAAGGUCGCCGUGCUGAACAGCAAGCCCGUGCUUCUGCGCGCCGCUGCCAAGGAGUACAAGCACUUCGAGAUCACUACUAGCUACAGCGAGGACCCUCAGCGCAAGCUGUCGGUGGUCGCCAACCUGGACCCGGAGAAGCGCGUGGAGGUCAGCGCCGACAUCAUCCUCGCCGCUGAGAAGAAGAACAUCAUCCACGGAGCCCUGUUCCUGCAGGACAACCUCGUCAAGAGCGACUACGGACUGUCCAAGGACAAUUUCAACUACUUUGUGAACGCACUGAAGAACGACGUGGAGACCCUGAAGACCCGUGUCGAGGGGCUCGGCGAGCAGACCAGCCAGGAGUUUAAGAAGACCAUGUCCAAGGUGGAGCCCAGCAUCAAGCAGCUCGAGGAGUCCUACGUGGAGGAGAUCAAGAAGCUCACAACUGAACUGUCUGACGACAAGGUGCUGAAGGAAAUCUCUGUUGUUCUGCACGACAUCGUCCAGUUCGUCGCCACCACCGUCAAGGAAAUCAUCGAUGUGACCAAGCCCAUCGUCGACAAGAUCCAGCAAACCAUCUCCGAAGCCUGCAAGAAGAUCACCGAGCUUUACGAGAAACAGCUGCAAGGCCAACUGAAGCAGUUCUACACGAACGUUGCGGCCGUGGUCAAGGAAGCCGUGGAGGGAGUCAUUGACCUCGUGGCCCACUUCGCCGCCGUCGUCCAGGACUUCUUUGACAAACACAAGCCCGAGCUGCAAGAGCUCACCAACACCAUUGCUGAGAUCUUCAAGGACUUGACCAAGCUGAUUGUGGCCCAACUGAAGGAAGUCCGCUCGAGCACCGCCCAGUUCCUCGGAGACCUGUACCAGCAGAUCAAGGAGAUGCCCAUCCUCGGCAUGAUCCAGGAGAAGAUCAAGGAACUCGCAGUACCGGAGCAAUUCCUCGCCAUCUUGGGCGAGGCUCACCAGGCCAUCCGCGUGGUCCUCCCCACCGAGGAAGCCAAGGUCCUGUCCGACACCAUCGCCGCUUACGUGCAGAAGAAGCUCCGUCAAGAGAAGGUGGACGACGCAGUGGAACUCCGCAAGAUUUACGAGAAAUUCGCCGUCGCUCUGACUUCCGUCAUCCAGUUUGUCAAGGCGCAGCUUAACCAAGUCGGAGUGCCUAACUUGGUCAACUUCAAUGUGCUACCCCUGGUAUCAGGCCCCGGCCAGAGCCUGCCUGCCUACGGCCGCGUCCCCGGCUUCAGCGUCGUCAACCAUCUGAUCCACGGAGACCUGCCCAACCCGCUCGCCUACUUGAGGGCCUACAGACCCCGCAGCAUCAACCCUCUUGAUGAGAUCCCCAACAAGCUCCGCGCCGUAGUGGUCAACGGCCAGCACAUCUUCACGUUCGACGGGCGCCACCUGACCUUCCCCGGCACGUGCCGCUACGUGUUGGCCCACGACCACGUGGACCGCAACUUCACCGCCGUCAUCCAGCUCCAGGCCGGAGCCCCCAAGGCCGUGCUGCUCGAGGACAAGAGCGGAACCACCGUCGAGCUUAGGGAGAAUGGACAGGUUGCCGUCAAUGGGGCCGCCAACGGAUACCCAGUAAUUGAAAAGGACAUCUUCGCCUUCCGCACGCCAGCCGGCCUUCUUGGCAUCGGCACCACCUACGGAUUCAUGGCUUUCUGCACAUCGAAACUUACUGUGUGCUACUUCGAAGCAUCUGGAUUCUACCUGGGUAAACUCCGUGGUCUUCUCGGAGAUGGUAACAACGAACCUUUCGAUGACUUCAGGCUACCUAACGGCAAGAUCGUAAGCUCAGAGGCGGAGUUCGGCAACGCGUACAAGCUGUCGGGCAGCUGCGCGGCGGUGAAGACGCCGGAGCACGCGCACGCGCACGGCGCGCUGCCGCCGGCGUGCGAGAAGGUGUUCGGCAGCACGUCGCCGCUGCGCCCGCUCGCGCUGCUGCUUGAUGUUGCUCCUUUCAAACAAGCCUGUGUCCACGCUGUGGCCAGCAACGCCGCCAACGCCCAGCAAGAAGCCUGCGACCUGGCCAAGGGCUACACCGCGCUCGCCGUCACCGGUCUCCUCCCCGCCGUCCUGCCCUCAGUGUGCGUCCAGUGCACUGACGCCGACAAACCCAGGGAGAUCGGAGAGUCCUACAAGUUCACUCUGCCCGCGAAGCAGGCUGAUGUUGUCGUUGCUGUUGAUACUACCAAGGCUAACGAGAAGAACUAUAAGGAGCUGGUGGUGCCGCUAGUCUCCCAGCUCGUGGACACGCUGAAGUCGAAGAAGAUCGACGACAUCAAGGUCUACCUCAUCGGACGCACGUCCAAGAUGCCAUACCCCAUCGUUUACGACGCUGACAACAAACUGAAGGGCGCUAAGAUCGUGUUCGACGACGAGAGCCGCUACCGCGAGAUCCCCACCAUCAACACCGACUGCGAGAAGCUCAACUCCGCGCAGAAGACCCUCGCGGCCAUCGCCAACGAACUCAGGAUACGACUUGGACUCACCAACAUCGACGCGUCCACCAACUCGCCUCUGGACUUCCCGCUGAGGCCUGGCGCGGUCAAGCACUUCAUUUUCGCUUUUGGAGAGCCGUGCAAGCGACACCUGUUCGUUACGGAAUUCCUCCGCGGUCUGACCGCCAACUUCAUCUCGAAGCAGAACGCCAUCUCCGCCACCGUCAUCACCGCCACGCCCGAUAUCAAGAUCGGAGGCGGCAAGAACGCUGCUGAGAUCAUCGGUUUCGACUCAGAGUCCGUCCUGUUGAUCGGAGACAAGAAGAGGAGCAAGGACGCCACCCUGAGGAGCUCCCUCGAGCUGUCUCGUGAGGACGCCUGCAUCGAGACUGCUCUAGCGUUGGAUGACGGCCUGGUCCUCUCGGCCUCCAACUACCUGGCCCUCCCAGCACCGCAGCAGAAGCAGUUCCUCCACGCCGCCGCCGCCGCCGCCGCCGACGCCAUGCUUCGGGAGUCGCUGGUGCAGGACUGCACGUGCAGUUAUGUCAAUCCGUUUGUGGCGCGGUCUGUUUGUGUUAAUGAGGAGAGGAAGGAGGCUCAGGCCCGCAGACGAAAAUGAGCUGUAUACCAACGCAACAAAACUGUGAUUCGUCGAGCGAUACCAAAUACUGUUAGUUUUACACGGCCCGUUGUAAUAAUACCUAAAACUUGCACAUUUGUACCAAAGCCUAUUUAAUUGUUCGGCUGACUUUCACCAACUUCAUUUAACUCACGGUUAAGUUAACGAGGGAUAAUCUAUCCGUCUCUGUCUAACAUUCAAUUAGAUAGUGACAGAUUGAUUAUUUUCUGUAUGUUUACUAAAAGCUAAGCUAAAUGAUAUUGGUGUUUGUCACCCUCUAAUGUGAUAAUUAUAAGUCAUAAUUUUACUACCUUGUAAGCGAAAUAAUUUUGAUGAAAAUAUCACCCCUAGUCUUCUACUAAGACUUAUUAAAAUCACUUUAGGGGUGUAUUUAAUGUUUUAUAUAAUUAUAUUUUUUGAAUAAUCUGUAUUUUAGAUAGCAUUUACCAAUGUCUAGUUUCGCAUAGAUUUGUUUAAGUAUAUUAUUAUGAUCUAUGGUUGUUUUGUUUUAGGUGUUAUUAGAGCAGGUUUAUGUUCGUCCUAGUUUGUAAAUGUAUCUCGUCUGCUUGUAAUUAACUCUAUUUAUAUUCCAUUACUACAAUAUGCCGGUCGUACCGAAAGGUAUUAUGAGUAAUCAUGCGCAUUGAUUAUUAAUAAUUGAAGACAAUAAAUAUGUUAUUAAAUUU